AUGUGUUCGAGAACGUUCUUGGGAAGAGCCAUUCAAGGAACUAUUAGCAAAGAUUCCGCCGCCAAGCCGCUGAAAGAUUCUGCCGGUGGCAGCUCUUCUUCUUCUUCUUCUCCUCCUUCGUCUUCGUCGAGGAAUUUGUCGAGCGCCGCCGGUUGCAAGCCGGCGAGCAAUACGAUGAGCGAAAGGGCGGAAGAGUCUCUAAGAACAGUCAUGUACUUGAGUUGUUGGGCUCCUAAUUAA